CUCUCAGGAAGGUAAGAGCAUUGCCCUCUUGCUAUAAUCAUAGUCCUUUUCUUCCAGAAUAGGAUUUGGGAAAUUCUGGUGAAGUCCUCUGCCUACCCUCAUUGCCCCACUGAUGUGUGACGUCAACAGAAUUUCUCUGCAACGUUUGUCAGUCUCCAACUUCAGAGGGCUCACAAAGUCUCCUCCUGAAUCCUCUCUCAGUCCUCUAAGACUACCAAGAAGAAAAGCAACUAUUCAAGAUGGCAGCUUGCCGGGGAGAAGCAGCCUCCCUGAGGUAGAUGUGUUCUUCUGUCACUUAAAGAACCACUUCUUCUGGUCUGAGUAGUAAGAGGCGCGUUUGCUGUUGCUGCACCAUUUGCCAAGGUUCUGAGCUUGAGGUGUCCUGUGCCCUGACCCUACAAGAUGCCAAGAGAAGAUGCUCACUUCAUCUAUGGUUACCCCAAGAAGGGGCACGGCCACUCUUACAUCACAGCUGAAGAGGCCGCUGGGAUUGGCAUCCUGACAGUGAUCCUGGGAAUCUUACUGCUCAUCGGCUGUUGGUAUUGUAGAAGACGAAAUGGAUACAGAGCCUUGAUGGAUAAAAGUCUUCAUGUUGGCACUCAAUGCGCCUUAACAAGAAGAUGCCCACAAGAAGGGUUUGAUCAUCAGGACAGCAAACUGUCUCUUCAAGAGAAAAAUUGUGAACCUGUGGUUCCCAAUGCUCCACCUGCUUAUGAGAAACUCUCUGCAGAACAGUCACCACCACCUUAUUCACCUUAAGAGCCAGCAAGACACCUGAGACAUGCUGAAAUUAUUUCUCUCACACUUUUGCUUGAAUUUAAUAUAGACAUUUAGUGUUCUCCUUUGGAAUGGUGUAGGAAAAAUGCACGCCAUCUCUAAUGAUAAGUCAGUGUUAAAUUUUUAGUAGGUCAGCUAGCAGCACUAAUCAUGUGAGGAAACAAUGAGAAAUAUUAAAUUGGGAAAACUCCAUCAAUAAAUGUUGCAAUGCAUGAUACUAUCUGUGCCAGAGGUAAUGUUAGUAAAUCCAUGGUGUUAUUUUCUGAGAGAUAGAAUUCAAGUGGGUAUUCCUGGGCCAUCCCAUUUCUCUUUACUUGAAAUUUGGCUAACAACAAACUAGUCAGGUUUUGAAACCUUGACCAACAUGAACUGUACACAGAAUUGUUCCAGGUGAGUCUUUACUAUGGGGUGCUCACAAAGGAUACUUCUAUAGGUUUAAGACAAAGAGCUGACUGGCCUAUUUAUCUGAUCAAGAACAUGUCAGCAAUGUCUCUUUGUGCUCUAAAAUUCUAUUACACUAUAAUAAUAUAUUGUAAAGAUCCUACAGCUUUCUUUUUUUUUUUUUUUGCGUAGUGGGAGGGAGUUUUGCUCUUGUUGCCCAGGCUGGAGUGCAAUGGCGCGAUCUUGGCUCACCGUAACCUCCGCCUCCCAGGUUCAAGCAAUUCUCCUGUCUUAGCCUCCCGAGUAGCUGGGAUUACAGGCAUGCGCCACCAUGCCCGGCUAAUUUUGUAUUUUAAGUAGAGAUGGAGUUUCUGCAUGUUGGUCAGGCUGGUCUCAAACUCCUGACCUCAGGUGAUCCGCCCACCUCAGCCUCCCAAAGUGCAGGGAUUACAGACAUGAGCCACCACACCUGGCCAGACCCUAUAUCAUAGGUAAGACAUAUAAUGCAGUCUAAUUACAUUUCACUUCAAGGCUCAAUGCUAUCCUAACUAAUGACAAGUAUUUUCUAUUAAACCAGAAAUUGGUAGAAGGAUUUAAAUAAGUAAAAGCUACUAUGUACUGCCUUAAAUGUACCUAUGGCAAUUUAGCUCUCUUGGGUUCCCAAAUCCCUCUCACGAGAAUGUGCAGAAGAAAUCAUAAAGGAUCAGAUAUUCUGG